AUGCGAUGUCUAGCAAUGAGCUCAUGGUUGGCGAUAAUGAUUGUUCUUUUGGGGACAAACCUCUUCGGCAUCGCCCCGGCUAGUCCCAUACAUGGCACCUGUAGGGGGAGAAUGGGCAAUCGUGAGCUCUACAAGAAAGUUGAUCGUGUUUGUGAAGACUGUGCUAAUAUCUUUCGAGUGCCUGGGUUGGAAGGCUUGUGUAGAGAUCAGUGCUUCUACAACGAAUGGUUUCUGCUUUGUCUGAAGGCUGCCAACAGGGAGGACGAGAUCAACAAUUUCAGAGUGUGGAUAAGUAUUUUGAACGCCUGA